UAGCCGGUGUUCAAGGGCAUUUAUUGAGAAUCAUUCGUCAAGGUCUUUCCAAAAAUUCAAAGAAGUUUAUCAAACUUAAUAGAAAUGUCCAUAACUUUCAAUUUUUUCCUUUUAAACACACUCUCGAGAUGCAGGUGGCUUUCCGGCAGGAGGCGGGGGUAAGGUGAUCCAACCCGAUGACGUCAGAAAUUAUGAACAAACCCUAAUCAAUACUAAUCGACAUUUACAAAAAUUCUUGAUGUGGCAAAGCCUAUAAAAAGGAUUCUUUGAUAUGAAGUUUAAAGCCGAGUAACUGUUUGGUAGUAUGAAGUUCCCAAUAUCAAAAGAUACCUCUGGUGCCAUCGCUAGCUAUUGUCCUCUUGGGAAUGUACUGGUAAAAUCUGCCGACAAAGAGGGUGAGCCAGUCCCUUAUUUGCUGACAAGUUUGAAAAUUUGCCCAGUAAGCACCCAAAGAUGACAAAACAACUCGCUCUUCAAAGGGAAUUUUAUUUGAAGGGGGCAUCACACUCUUAAACCUCCUCCGUAGCAAUGAUCCUCCGUAACAUACAGUGUUCAUUCUGAUGGUUGGUCUUUCCAACAAAUUAGUUACAGAAUUGCUCGCAGGCAAAAAAACACAAGGCGAGUAUCAAAAGUUUUCAAAAAUUAUAAUUCGGUAAGAAACGAUUCAAACAGGUAAGAAAUUUUGGAAAAUGCUUACACUUAAUUAAAUACGAAUAAAUUAAGAAUUCAUUACACAAAGAUUAACAAAAGGAUGAUCAAACAGGUGCGCACCUCCGGCAAGGGCAAGCCGCGACUGACCAAUUCUUGUACAAUGCAACAAUAAAACUAUAGCAAAACGAUUGAAAACAUUUCUGCUUCGGAAUUAUUGAGCCUUGAGAAGUGAAAACCGCGCGUAAAUAUUCCUGCAACAGGUUUAUGCCAAGUUGUGUGAAAAUUGCGUUGAAAAUGAACGGUCGCUCGCCAAGAUUCUUGACAGAAAAGGAAAACCGCGACUGAAGUGAAACGGUGGCAGACCUUACACUUAAUGGUGGUCGCUAAAGGUAGGAACUAAGGUUGAGCGGCAACAACUAACGGAGAAUGUUCUCCUUGACAUGGUGGAAUGAGCACAUCACCAGCCUGUUGAUAUCAAUUGCGUUGUUGGCAAUAACUGUCAAUGCUGAUGCCCCGACCGAAUGCACCAAUGCAAGAUUCAAAAACAAAGGAACGAAAGCAAGGACUGAAGAGCAAAGACUGCUGAAAGACCUUUUGUGCAAUUAUGACAAAGAAGCAAGGCCGGUCCUUGAGUACAAUGACAGUGUCAUUGUCACAUUCGAAAUGAAGUUGAUUCAAGUCGUUCUGGUGAGUGAAAAGGACCAGAAAAUGCAGACAAAUGUGUGGAUAACGCAGACUUGGGAGAAUCCACUGCUCGCAUGGAACGAAUCUGAGUACAAUGGCAUUUCGCAAAUCAACCUGGAUGCAGAUGCUGUUUGGGUGCCGACCAUAAUCCUCUACAACAACGCCGAGGACACAUUUUCUGGUGGACGAAUGAAAUACAAAACAAAGGUGAUUUUGGAGGCGAACGGCAAAAACACUUGGUUUGCGGCUGUCUCUUUUAAAAGUUCCUGCAAAUUCGACGUGAGAAAUUUCCCCUUUGACGAGCAAGAAUGCCGUUUGACAUUUGGAUCGUGGGCCUACACUUCUGACAAACUGAAAUUGCGGCCAGCAAAGAUGAAAGGAGACAUGAGUGAUUAUAUUCAAAAUGGAGAGUGGGAGAUUGUGGACAUUCCAGUUGAGGGAAGGGACAGGAAGUAUGCCUGCUGCCAAAAGGCCUUCUCAGAAGUAAUUUACAAGUUUCAAAUGAGACGCAAAGUACUCUACUACCUUUUCAAUUUAAUUUUGCCUUGUUCAAUAAUAGCAACGCUGGCCGUGUUGGCAUUCUGCAUCAACCCGAGGUCGGGCCAAAGGAUCACUUUGAGCAUAACAGUGAUGCUGGCGAUGAGCGUUUUCUUGAAUUUCGCAUGGACGCGGUUGCCUGUGACAUCAGAAUCUGUGCCGCUUCUCGCCAAGUAUUAUAUGAUAACAAUGUCCGAAAUCGGACUGUCACUUUUCGCUAACUGCGUCAGUUUAAAUUACUUCUACAGGGACGAUGCUUUGAAUUACUUGCCAAGAUUCUGCCGCGUCAAUUUCAUUGCUUGGUUGGCAAAGGUUAUCGCUCCAAUAUUCUGCAUGGAGCAUCCUAGGGCAGGCAGUCACCUGUCCAAAAUUGUAAAGGAGUACACUGAAGAUGACACUGUUUCGCGGGAUUAUGUCCCUCAUGGAGUUGUAAAUGAGGAAGGCGAAAUACGAGGCUCACAUCAUUACGAGACAGUGGUAACUAUUGCUGAUAGUCAUGAUAAUUCCCGCGUUAAGGUGUCACAGUUAGUUAAAAGACAGCGGCUGCAGAAACCUUUCAAGAGGAUAUUUAUGCACGAUGUCCUUGCUAACACUAGCACGCAUGCGUUAACUGCUGAGCCACAAGAGCAUUACAAGGCGUUCAGAGAGUAUCGCAAAUGCAGGGAAGAAGACGAUUUGGAUGUACUUAUCGGAAACAAAGUUGAGCUAGCUCUUCUGCAAGAACUGGAAGAUCAUAAGCAAUUCGCAGCAGCAAUAAUGGAUCGCUUCUUUUUGCUCAUAUUUUUACUGACCAUCGCGUUGUCAGUGACAGCGCUUAUGUCUGGAGACACAGCCAAAUACGCGUGA